AUGGAAUGGCCAAAGUUCGAUUUUCCUAAGUGUUCGCAUAUCCAGUCAUCGCGAUUGUCAAAUGUUGGGAGAUCGAGUUGGGGUUUGAAAAGAAGUCGUUUUAAAAUUUGUCGUUCUUUGACGGUCGAUUUUGAAAAUAUCAAAUGUAAGAAGAAAGAAAAUUCAACGAAAGAAUACACUGUACAAAACGAAAGUUUUAUAACUCUCCAUCAGCAAAUGUUGCCGAAUAGCAAUCCACCAAGCUGCUCACGAAGAGAUCUUUCCCAAAUAAAUUUAAAAGGAAUACCACCAUUAUCUCCAAUCCUCGUUAAUGGAUUUUUGAAGAAUCCAACAGCUUAUUCGCCUACACCUUUGAGAGAUUCAAAUUCAAAUAUAGGAACAAUGUUAAUAUCGUCAAAGCGCAUAGAUUUGGUGAAUCCAGUAGUAACCAGCAAUUCACAUUGCGAGACUGCCAUAAUUCUUGAGUCUUCAGAAUCUGCAUUUACUCUGCCAUGUGCGAAACAAUUACUUUUAUCAGAUGGAAGUUUAACUUCUUCACUGCAGAAGUUAGAGGUAAUACCACGAAAUCCAACUUUUACUAGCCAGUCUAAAUCACGCACUUCUUUUGUUGCUGUUAUGAAAGAAUCCGAUAGUUUAAAUUGGAAGUGUAAAAAAAGUGGUAAGGAAGCAAAUUACAGCCCUAAAUUGCAUACAUUUCCAUCGAUAACAUCUUCAACAAAUCUCCACUGUUCAGGUAGUUCUCCAAUGUCUCUGGAAACUCUUCCAACAUCUGAAAUUGGUUACAAAAAAUUGAACGAGAACAAGAGCUUUUCGAACUUAGAUUUUUUAGAUUCUCAAUUAAGCUUGGAAUCUGACAAAUCCCUCACGCUACGACACACACGAAGUGAUGACGAUGUUUUCCAAAAUCAUACUGUAUCUGUUGACGAUUCCGGAAGUGGUGUUUCUACAAGCGAGCAAUCACGUGACUGCUUUUUUGAUGUAACAAUUCAUGAAAUUGAACCAAAUGAUUCGGAUCAUGAGACAAAACUUAUUGCAGAAGACACAUCACCAAUAACAAAUCAGUUAAAAUUAUAUGAUUUCCAAGGCGGGAACAGUGAGGCGAUACAUCAAAAGCAGUAUCAACGUUUGAGUGUAGAACAAUGGGGAUUCUGCUGGACGCUAGUCAAGAAUGCUAAUGAUUCCGAAAUUUCCCAUAUUGUAGAUUCGAAACCAAUGAAAAAAAGUGCUGAUAUGCUGUAUAGAAACAGAAUUCAGGAAGAUACAAGUGCUGAUGAUAAUCAAGAAGAUCGAAGAUAUCAUGAUUCACUGCAGCGAACUUCACGGGAAACUUUUUCAAUUUAUCAGCCUCUUUCAAAAUUGAAUACUUCUUUGGGUGAAUUUAUUCUAUCACCUCGUUAUUACCGCUGA